UUUUCAGAGCCAGAAGUUGUAUUUACAAACAAGGAGAAGGUGCAGAAAGAGGUGAAAGCUGCACUGUCAGAAAAUGCCACGCUGAGCUGCGAGGUGGCCCAGGAGAAGACUGAUGUGAAAUGGUACAAGGAGGGCAAACUGAUCACCUCCAGCAAGAAGUUCAAGGUGGAGUCGGAGGGCAAAUCACGUCGCCUGGUGGUGGGUCAGCUGGAGAAGAAAGAUGCUGGGGAGUACACCUGUGAGGCUGCUGGCCAGAAACUGACCUUCCAGAUCCAUGUCACAGAGCCCAAACCUGCAUUUAUAAACCAGGAACAAGUCCAGAAGGAGGUGAACGCUGUCCUGACAGAAAGUGCCACCCUCAGCUGUGAGGUAGCACAGGAUGCAACCGAAGUGAAAUGGUUCAAGGAUGGAAAACUGCUCAUUACCUCCAGAAAAUUCAAAAUAGAAUCUGUGGGCAAAACCCGGCGCCUUGUCAUAGGGCAGCUGGAGAAGAAAGAUGCUGGAGAAUAUAUCUGUGAGGCUGCAGGCCAGAAGCUGACUUUCAAGUUGGAGCCAACAGAACCAGAGGCUAAAUUUGAAAAUAAAGUUGUCCAGAAAGAGCCUCUCAUUGUUCAAGAAUAUGAAAAUAUCACACUGACUACUUCAGUAACUCCUGAAACUACUGCAGUAAGGUGGUUCAAGGAUGGAACAGAAAUCAAGGCGAGCAAGAAAUAUGAGAUCAAGAGUGAGGGGGCAUCCAGGACCCUGACAGUGAAGCUGGCUGAGAACACAGACAGUGCCAUGUACACAUGUCAGACAAAGAGUGACAAGCAGGAAUUCAAAGUACAGGUGAAAGAAAUCCCAGUGAAGUUCGUCAAAAAGCUUGAACCUGUUAAUGCAGAGAUUGGAGGCAGUGUCUCUUUGACCUGCGAUGUGAGCCAUGCCAAAGGGAAGGUGGUGUGGCGCAGGAACAAAAUAGAGAUCAAACCCAGCAAACGUUUCCAGAUCCAUGAGGAGGGGGUCAAGAGAACCCUAACAAUAACAGGGAUCCGGGCUGAGGAUGAGGGAGAAUACUCAUGCGAGUCCAGAGACGACAAGAGCACCAUUACCAUCACCCCCAAAGCUCCCAGAGUAGUGAAAUUUGUUACCAGUCUCAUCAGUGUGGUCUCUGAGGAAGGAAAAGAGGCUGUGUUCAAGUGCACUGUCUCUCCCAGUGAUGCCAUGGUCACUUGGCUCAGAAACGGUGUCAAGAUUGAAGCCAGCAAGAAGUGUGUGAUCUCACAGAAGGACGCCAACCACAGCCUCACCAUCACUGAUCUGACACUGGAAGAUGCAGCUGAAAUCUCUGCUAAUGCUGAGGGUGUAAAAAGCACAGCCAAUCUCAGAGUCCGAGAGGCCCCAAUCUCAUUCAAGAAGAAACUGGAGCCCAAAACAGUUGAAGAGAAGGACACAGUGACCUUGGAGGUAGAGCUGACCAAACCUGCAGAGGUGAAGUGGAUGAGGAACAACAUCGUAUUAAAGCCCAGUGAAAAAAUAGAGAUAAAAGCUGAUGGAACAAAACAUAUCUUGGUAGUUAAGGACAUCUCCUUUGCAGACCGGGGGUUCUACUGUUGUGAGAGUCCCGAUGACAAGACCCAAGCCAAGAUCAAUGUGGAAAUGAGGCAGAUCAAGCUGGUGAAAGGUCUUCAGCACUUGGAAGUCUCUGAGAAAGGGACUGUCACCUUUGAGGUGGAAGUGUCACAUGAGGAUGUAGAAGGGACCUGGCAGAAGGAUGGUGUUCGGCUGAACCCUGCACCGAAUAUCAAUAUUGGUGUCCUGGGGAAGAAACAUUCACUGACUCUUUCUUCGGUGACCCUUGAAGAUGCAGGACUCAUCUCCUUCAAAGCAGAAGGCAUUUUUUCAUCAGGGAGGCUCACUGUGUCAGAAUUGCCUGCGAGAAUCAACAAACCUUUGGUAGACAUCAGUGUAACUCAUAAGGACAAGGUCACAUUUGAGUGUGAGCUGUCCAAGCCCAGUGGAGAUGUUAAGUGGUUCAAGGAUGGGAAGGAGCUCCGGCAAAGUAAAAAAGUGGGGAUUACUUCCCAGGGAACUAAGAGAAGCCUUAUUAUUCACAAGUGUGAAUAUGAAGACCAGGGAACCUAUAUGUGUGAAGUAGCUGAAGAGAAGACAUCCGCUACCCUAAAGGUUCAUGCCCGAGAUAUCAAGAUUGUUAAACCACUGAAAGAUGUGGAAGUGAAUGAAUUUGAGAGUGCAUCUUUCAUCUGUGAGAUUUCACAUGAUGAGGUCCAAACCCAAUGGUACAAAAACGACAACAAGCUGAAGGCUGCUGACAAUAUUAGAAUGCGUCAAGAUGGAAAAACGUAUUCACUGACUUACAUGUGCGUCCAAGUUAAAGAUGCAGCAGAAAUCAAAUUUGUAGCAGAAAAGGCAGAAUCUCGUGCUCAGCUUAUGGUAAAAGAGCUGCCUGUAAAAAUUGUGAAGCCUUUGAGAGAUAAGAUUGUUCUUGAAAAACAUCGUGGAUUCCUGGAGUGCCAGGUGUCUCGUGCCAAUGCCAAAGUUCGAUGGUACAAAAAGGACAUUGAAAUUCAGCCUAGUGACAAAUAUGAAAUUGUGAGCGAUGAUGUCUACCGGAAACUCAUCAUCAACAAUGCAGAUUAUGAAGAUGAGGACAUAUACACUUGUGAUGCCUUUGAUGACAAAAGCAGUGCUAAUUUCUUUGUUGAAGAGCAAGCUAUUAAUAUUGUGAAGGAGCUGUGUGAUGAGGAUGUGACUGAGCCUGAAGAAGCCAACUUUGAAUGCGAGAUAUCCAUUCCAUCUGUGAAACCCCCUAAAUGGUCUCUACGUGGAGAAGUCUUACAGGCAGGCAGAAAUAUUAUCAUGCAUCAAGGAGGAACCAUCCACAAGCUGACAAUACUGAAAACAAGUACCGAUAUGACAGGUGUCAUUCAGUUCUCCAUUGGAAAAUCAAAAUCCACAGCAAAUCUGCUUGUCAGAGAUUACCACAUCCAGAUCACCAGGAAGAUGGAGGACAAGACAGUUCUGGAGCGUCAUUCAGUUAUCCUGUCUUGCGACUUCAGGCCUUCUCCAAAGGUUGUGAAAUGGUUCAAGGGCCACGAGCUCAUCGAGCCCUCUGAGAAGUACAAAGUCAAGCGGGAGGAGUAUUCAGCAGAGCUCAAGAUUUUGAAGGUGAAGCCUGAAGAUGCUGGUGUGUACAAGUGCAGGGCUGGAAGCGCAGAGACUGAAGCCACACUCACUGUUGAAGCCCGCAAUGUAGAAGUACGCAAACACCUGCAGGACGUGGAAAUUGAAGAAGAGAGCUCCGCUGUCUUCUCCUGUGAGCUCUCCCAUGAUGAUGAGGAUGUGGAAUGGUUCCUCAACGACACCCUCCUUUACACCAACAAUUUAAAUGACAUCAAGAAUGUUGGCAAUUGCUACAUGCUGACAAUGAAGCAGGUCAAGCCUGAGGAUGCUGGCACAGUGACAAUGAAGUCAGACAAAGUGACAGAGAGUGUGCAUCUGAAGGUGAUAGAGAAACCUGCUGUCUUCAUGAAGUCAUUGGAUGAUGUUUUUGGUGAGGAGCGAGGUAUGAUUAAACUGGAAUGUGAAGUCUCUAAAGAGAAGGUCAAACCUGUUUGGAAAAAGGAUGGUGUGAAGCUCACCUCUGAUAAGAAGUAUGAGCAGACGCAGUCUGGGAAGACCCUGUGUCUCCUUAUCCAUGACCUUGAAAAGACAGAUGCAGGUUUAUACACCUGUGAUAUUGGCACUGAUGUUGCCAAAUCAAAGGUCAGCGUUCAGGAACUGAACAUUGGCAUCACAAAACGGCUGAAGAACACUGAAAUCCAGGAGGGAGAAGAUUGCACUUUUGAAUGUGUUCUGUCCCAUGAAAGCAUUGAUGACUUCAGCUGGACACUGAAUGGGAACAAAGUGGAAAGUGGAGGGCGAUUUAAAGCCUCUAAUAUGGGUCGAAAAUACACACUCAACAUCAAAAGCGUGAUUAUUGCUGAUGCUGGGGAAGUAAUUUUUACUGCCCGUGGUCUAACCUCCAAGGCUUCUCUGAUUGUGAAAGAAAAACCCACUGAGGUUACAAAGCAGCUGGAGGAUAAAACAGCAGCCACAGGGCAGGACAUCAGCCUGAGCUGUGAAUUGUCAAAACCGGAUGUGAACAUCAGGUGGUACAAGGAUGGCAAAGCAAUCCGAAAAAGUCAGAAAUAUGACUUGCUCCAAGAAGGAACACAGGCUAUUCUGAUCAUCCAUGACUCCACAAUUAAGGACAGUGGGGAGUACACUUGUGAGACAGAGGUGUCUAAAACAAAGGCCAGGAUCACAGUGCAAGAAAAACCCAAUUAUUUUGUCAAAGAACUUUCAGAUCUAAAAGUCGAUGAAAAUGGAACUGCAGUCUUUAUGUGCCAGAGUGAGAAAGCUGCAUCCUCUGUGGUCUGGAGGAAAGGCAUGGCUGAACUCAGGGCUGGCAGGAAAUAUGAGAUCACACAGAAAGGACAAGUCCUCCAGCUGACCAUAAAAAACUUGGAGAAAAGUGACAGUGACACUUACACCUGCGACAUUGGAGAUGCCCAGUCCAGGGCCAAGCUAGUUGUGCAAGGCCAGAAAGUGCUAAUAACAGAAGACCUGGAAGAUGUCACUGUGUUAGAAGGAGAAUCUGCCAUGUUCAAAUGCAGAAUCUCUCCUGUAGACUGUAGCAAAGUGCAGUGGUUUUUGGAUAAAACCCCGCUUCAUACCAAUGAACUUAAUGACAUCCAGUCUCAGCCUGGUGGAUAUCACUUGCUAACGUUGAAAAAACUCUCACUGAAGGACUCGGGGGUCAUUACUUUUGAAGCUGGUGAUAAGAAAACAUCUGCCAGUUUGGUUGUUAAAGAGAAGCCCUACAUCUUCACAAAGGAGCUGGUUGAUACUGAAGUCACUGAGGGAGAGGAUGUGAUCCUUCACUGUGAAACCUCCAAACCAGACAGCCCUGUAAAGUGGUGCAAAGAUGGGAAGAGCCUUAGGAAUUCUUCCAAGUAUAACAUCAGUCGGUCGGGAUUUGAAGCCAAGCUUGUCAUUCACAGAGCAGAAGAAAGAGACAGUGGCAGAUAUGAGUGUGAGGCUGGAGCAGCUAAAAGUAGCGCCAUUAUUACUGUCAAGGCUGUGCCUGUCCUUUUCAAACAAACCUUGGAGAACACAGAAAUGGAAGCAGGAAAGUCUGUCUCCUUACGCUGUGAACUCACAAAAGCUGAUGCCACUGUGGUGUGGAAGAAGGGAGAAGCCACGCUCCAGGCAAGUGCCAAAUAUGAAAUGAAGCAGAAGGGGACGGUGGCAGAGCUGGUGAUUCAUAAUGCAGAGCCAGAAGAUGCGGGAAGAUACACCUGUGACACAGGAGACCAGCAGACCACAGCCCAAGUCAAAGUCCAGGCUAUCUCUGUCCUUGUCAAAGAAGAGCUGAAGAACGUGGAAGCUGUGGAAGGUGGGACAGCCACCCUGCAAUGCCAGCUGAGCAGAGAGACCCCCGUGGAGUGGAGGAAAGGGCACACUCUUCUCCGGCCAAGUAACAAGUACAAGAUGAGGCAGGAAGGCACAGUGGCUGAGCUGCUGAUCCACGAUCUGGACUUAAAGGAUGCUGGAGACUAUACAUGUGUAGUGGGGAACCAAAAAACCACAGCAGCUUUGUCAGUAAAUGCCCUGCCAGUCCGUUUCAAGAAAGAGCUGAAGAAUGAAGAAGCCACCGAGAGUGGGACGGCCACGCUGCAGUGUGAGCUGAGCCAGGCAGUGGGCUCGGUUGAGUGGAGGAAGGACGGGAAGGUGCUGAUGCCAGACAACAAAUACAAAAUGAGACGGGAAGGGCGUUUUGUUGAGCUGGUUAUCCAAGACCUAGACUUGAUGGAUGCUGGGAGCUAUACCUGUGUGUGUGGAGACCAGAAGACAACAGCUGCUUUGAGAGUGAAUGCCUUGCCUAUCCUCUUCCAAGAAGAAAUGUUGAACAAGGAAGCUACAGAGGGCGAGGCAGUCACUUUGCACUGUAAGCUGAGCAAAUCAGCCCCGGUUGAGUGGAGAAAGGGGAAUAUGGUCCUCAAACCAAGUGAAAAAUACAAAAUAGAGCAGGAAGGUCCCUUUGUGGAGCUCAUGAUCCGGGACCUGGAUUUGGCAGAUGCUGGUGAUUACAGCUGUGUGUGCGGAGAUCAACAGACUACAGCUGCUUUGGCAGUUAAUGGUAAAAAGAAAUUCUUCACCCAUGCUCCAAUCCUGCCUGCUCUUUUCACCAAAGAACUGACAGAUCAAGAAGCCACAGAAGGUAAAACUGUCUCUCUGCACUGUGAGCUGAAUAAGGCGGCUGCUAAUGUGGAGUGGAAGAAGGGACUCAAGACCCUCAAAUCAAGUGACAAAUACAAAAUGAACCGUGAAGGUGUUGUUGCUGAGCUUAUAAUCAAAAAUCUAGACACAACGGAUGCUGGAAAUUAUUCCUGUGUGUGCGGAGACCAGCAGACUAUGGCAGUUUUAACAGUACAUGCUUUGCCUGCAUUUUUCAAAGAAGGAUUGAAGAACAGAGAAGCCACAGAUGGUGCAACAGCCACUCUGCACUGUGAGCUGAGCAAGGUCGGUGUCCCAGUGGAGUGGAAAAAAGGGGACAAAACACUCAAACAAAGUGAUAAGUAUAGGAUGAGACAAGAAGAUACUGCUGCAGAGCUGUUGAUCCGAGAUCUGGAGGUAGAAGAUACAGGAGAAUAUACCUGCGUGUGUGGAGAUCAGAAGACCUCAGCUGUCUUGACAGUCCAUGCUUUGCCUGCACUGUUCAAAAAAGAACUUGUCAAUAUAGAAGCCACAGAAAACAAGGCAGCUGUUCUACAGUGUGAGCUAACUAAAUCCACUCCAGUGGAGUGGAGGAAAGGGCUGAAGGUCCUCAAGCCUAGUGAGAAGUACAAAAUGAGACUGAAGGAUACUAUUGCUGAGCUGACAAUCCAUAGCCUGGAAGAACAAGAUGCGGGAGAUUACACAUGUGUGUGCGGAGACAAGACGACCACUGCAUCCCUGACAGUGCAUGCCCUUCCUCCACAUUUUAAAAAAGAGUUGAAGAACAUGGAAGCCACAGAAAAUGGCACAGCCACUUUCUGCUGUGAACUGAGCAAGCCUGUAGCUGCUGUGGAGUGGAGGAAAGGAAACAGAGCCCUGGAGACAAGUGACAAGUUCACCAUGAAAUGCGAGGGCACAGUUGCUGAGCUGGUGAUCUGUGAUUUAGAUCUGGCAGAUGCUGGAGAUUACACAUGCUGUUAUGGAGAUCAGAAAACCUCUGCUGCACUAAAAGUGAAUGCCUUGCCUGCACGCUUCAAGACAGAGAUGAAGGAUGAAGAAGCCACAGAAGGAGGAACAGCCACUCUACAAUGUGAGCUAUCUAGAACUGCCUCUGUGGAGUGGAAAAAGAAGCACAAAGUGCUCAAAUCAAGUGAAAAGUAUACUGUGAGACAGGAAGGUACUACAGCACAGCUGCUGAUCCAUGCUUUAGAAGUCAAGGAUGCUGGGGAGUAUACCUGUGUGUGUGGAGAUGAGAAGACUACUGCAGCAUUGACAGUGCAUGCCCUUCCCGCUCUCUUCAAAGAGGAGUUAAGAAAUGAGGAAGCCAUGGAGGGUAAAAUAGUCACUCUGCGCUGUGAGCUGACCAAGACUGCUUCAGUGGAGUGGAAAAAGGGGGACACAGUACUCAAACCUAGUGAGAAAUACAAAAUGAGGCAGAAGGAUGUCACUGCAGAACUGGUGAUCCAUAAUCUAAAUGAGAGUGAUGCUGGUGAUUAUACUUGCGUGUGUGGGGAUGUGCAGUCCACAGCUUCCUUAGCAGUACACGUGCUGCCUGCACGCAUCAAGGAGAGCUUGAAAGAUGAGGAGGUAACAGAAGGUCAAGCAGCCACUCUGUGCUGUGAGCUGACCAAGGUUGCUCAAGUGGAGUGGCGAAAGGGAAGUAGUUUGCUCAAAGUCAGCGACAAAUACAAAAUGAAGCAAGAGGGCACAGUCAUGAAGCUGCUUAUCCAUGAUGUAGAAAUGAAAGAUGCUGGAGAAUACACCUGUGUGUGUGGAGAACAGGAGACUACAGCUGCCUUGAUAGUGCAUGCCCUGCCUACACUUUUCAAAGAAGAACUGAAGGAUCUGCAAGCCAUGGAAAGGCAAACAGCCACUCUGUGCUGUAAGCUGACCAAGGCUGCAGAUGUCCAAUGGAAGAAAGGAAACAAAAUAAUCAGAGCAAGUGAAAAAUACAUCAUGCGUCAGGAUAAUGCCCUUGCUGAGCUGGAAAUUCGUGAUCUGGAGCUGCAGGAUGCAGGAGAUUAUACCUGUGUGUGUAGAGACCAACACACCACAGCUUCUCUGACAGUGAAUGCCCUGCCAGUGCUUUUCAAGGAAGAGCUGAAGAAUGAAGAAAUCCAAGAAGGAAGAUCAGUCUCUCUGCGUUGUGAAUUAACCAAAGCAGCUCCAGUGCAGUGGAAAAUAGGGUCCAAAGUGCUCAAAGCAAGUGACAAAUUUCAAAUGAGACAGUCUGGCACCACUGCAGAGCUGGUCAUUCAUGAUCUAGAAGUAGAAGAUGCUGGAGAUUAUACCUGUGUGUCUGGUGACCAGAAGACAACAGCAACCUUAACAGUUCAUGCUCUGCCACCACUCUUUAAGGAAGAGCUAAAGGAUAAAGAAGCAGAAGAGGGUGGAGAAGCUGCCCUGCAUUGCGAGCUCACCAAGGCUGCUCCGGUGGAGUGGUGGAAGGACCAGAGGAUUCUCAAAGCAAGUGGGAAAUUCAAAAUGAGGCAGGAAGGGACAAAGGCAGAGCUGCUGAUUCAUGAAGUAGCUGAGGAGGAUGCAGGAGACUACACCUGUGUGUGUGGAGAGCAGCAGACUACAGCUGUCUUAACAGUACAGGCUGUGCCUCCAUUUUUCCAAGAAGAACUGACCAGCAAGGAAGCAGUUGAAGGUGGAAUGGUCACUUUGCAGUGUGAGCUCAGCAAGACAUCUGCCCAUGUUCAGUGGAAGAAGGGCCAUCGCGUCCUCACCUCGGACAACAAGUACAGCAUAAGACAGGAAGGCUGCGUUAUGAAGCUGGCAGUUCACAAUUUAGACUUGAAUGAUACUGGAGAUUAUAGCUGUGUGUGUGGAGACAAGACCACCACAGCUGCCUUAACAGUGCAUGCACUGCCUCCAGAAUUCAAAAAAGACCUGAAGGACCUAGAAGCUGUAGAAAGUGGGACAGCUACUCUGCUCUGUGAGCUGACUAAACCUGCUGUGGUGCAGUGGAAGAAAGGGCAGGAGGUGCUCAAAGCAAACAGCAAAUAUAAAAUGAGUCAAGAUGGCGCUGUUACAAAGCUGAUUAUCCAUGAGCUGGAUGUGGAGGACACUGGAGAUUACACUUGUGUGUGUGGAGAUCAGCAGACAACUGCCACUCUGACAGUCAAUGAACUUCCUGUCACAUUUAAACAACCCUUACAAAAUAAAGAAUCAGAGGAAGGAAGCACAGCUACAUUCUGCUGUGAGCUGUCGAAACCCAAUGCUGCAGUGGAAUGGAGGAAAGGAGGAAUAGGGCUGCAGCCCAGCCAGAAAUAUGAAAUGAGGCAGAAGGAAUGCCUGGUAGAGCUCUUAAUACAUAAUCUCAAAUUAGAAGAUACAGGAGAAUACAGCUGUGACACUGGGGAUCAGGAAACCAAGGCAUCCUUAAGAGUGAAAGCUCUGCCAGUUCUUUUCAAAAAGGAGCUGAAAGACAAGGAGGCAGAAGAGGGAGCUGUGGUGAAAUUCCAGUGUGAGCUAACAAAGGAUAAUGCAACAGUGGAGUGGAGGAAAGGCACCAUGGAGAUCUUCCCAUGCGCCAAAUAUGAUAUUAAAUUAAGUGGUCGCACAGCUGAACUUGUGAUUCAUCAUGUAGAACCAGAAGAUGCCUCUGAUUACACAUGUGAUACAGGAGACCAGCAGAGCUCAGCAUUCCUCAGAGUGAAUGCCAUCAAACCACAUCUGAAGCAGCACCUGAAGAAUGAAGAAGUGGAAGUAGGAGGAACAGCCAGGCUGCGCUGUGAGAUUUCUAUUAGCAAAGCAGAAGUGGAGUGGAGGAAAGAUGGAGUGCUCCUUCACUCAAGCUCCAAGUAUGAAAUGUGGCAGGAUGGCACCCUCCAUGAGCUGCGUGUUCACCGCCUGGAGGCUGGUGAUUCUGGAGAGUAUUCUUGCAAGGCUGGAGAUGAGACGAGCUCUGCAAAACUGACCGUGAGAGAACCUGAUGUGACCAUCGUGAGUGGCCUAAAGGACAUGGUGGUGUUUGAGGGGGAUGAUGUUACAUUUCGGUGCCAGGUUUCUCACGAGAAUGCAAGGGAUGUUGAAUGGAAGCUACAGGGUGUUGCUCUGCAAAAUAAUGAAAUGAAUGAGAUCUCAGUGGAAAAAGGAAAGAUUCACACUCUGACAUUAAGGAAGGUGACUGAGCAGGACAUCGGCACCAUCACGUUCCGAGUGGGACCCCACAUGUCAACAGCAGAGCUCAUGGUAAAAGAACCAGCAGCAACCAUAGUGGAGAUGCUGAAGGAUGUCACUUCGCGUGAAGGAGAAGAUGCAGUGUUUGAAUGCAGGCUGUCACGGGAAACAACUCAGGAGGCCCAGUGGUUCCUGGGGGAUGUUCCCCUGCAAUCCAAUGAAAUGAAUGAGAUCAGAGUCCAAGGGACGUGUCACACUUUGAUCCUGAGGAAGGUGACACUAGAAGAUUCUGGGCCCAUCAGUUUCAAAGUGGGGCAGCAUACCUCAGCAGCACAGCUAACGGUUCAAGCCAAGAACAGCAUUGUCCAGGGCUUGGAGAAUGUGGAAACUGUGGAAGGAGGGGAAGCCCUGUUUGAAUGUUAUCUUUCUAAGCCUGAGUGCUACAACUACAGCUGGUUGAUUGAUGAUGAACCUGCCAAAACUACAGAAAAUACUGAAAUGGUUUACUUUGAAAAUGGGCUCAGGCAUCUCCUGCUGCUGAAGAACCUAACUCCCCGGGACAGCUGCAGGGUGACCUUUAUGUGCAGUGACGCAGUGACCUCAGCCUUCCUGACAGUGAAAGAAUGGCGCCUACAAAUCUUGCAGCCUCUCACAGAUGUAGAAGUCCCUCUGGGGGAGAAAGCUACAUUUAGUUGCAUUUUAAGUGAAGCUGUGCCAAUUACUGAAGUUUCCUGGUAUAGCAAUGAUGUAGAGAUCCAGUCAGAUGAGGACUGGGAGGUACGAGCAGAUGGAAACAAAUACAAACUUACCCUGAAAAAUGCCCAACCUCAUCAUUCUGGAGAGGUGACUUUUGCUUCGAGGGAAGCAAUUGCAUCAGCCAAGUUAUUUGUGAUAGCCCACCCCGAUCCACCUGAAGAACCAGAAGUUUUAAGUAAGAACAGCCACUCUGUAACUCUGUCUUGGUACAAGCCGUUGAGCGAUGGUGGUUGUGACAUCCUAGGCUACAAUGUGGAGAAGAAAAUCCCAGGUAUUGGCUGGCAGUCAUGCAGCAAGGGCAUUAUUCAGAACAUGAAGUUUAUGGUGGACAAUCUCACCCCAGGUGAACCCUACAGAUUCCGCGUCUCGGCUAUAAACAAAGUUGGGGCCAGUGAGCCGGUGCACUUCCCUCAGAUGGUGCAGCUAGAGCCUCCAGUUACAGUCAUCCAUCCUUUAGUGGGAGGAUCAGUCUCAGAAGGAGAGGUGGCUCGCUUGGAGUGCAAAUUGUCAAGUGAAACUGAAAAGAAAGUUACAUGGCUCAAAGGAAAAGAACAAAUACAAGCUGGAGGGAAAUACGAGAUCCUGUCUGAUGGGAAAAAGCAGAUACUCAUUAUUCAUGCAUUUAAACAUGAAGAUCAGGACACAUAUACCUGCAUGGUUUCUCCAGAAGUCAAAUCUGUUGCCAGCUUGUGUCUUGAUGUUCCCACAGUGUCAAUGUUUAAAGAGAUUGCCAGGGAAGCAUCCCCUGCAAGUCAACCAGAAGAGCUGGUGGAUGGCCAUGUCCAGCCCAGCUUGCCCCCUGAGGCUGCUCAGGAGGGAGAUCUUCACCUUCUGUGGGAAGCCCUGGCCAAGAAACGCCGGAUGAGCCGGGAGCCCACCUUGGAUUCCAUCAGCGAGGUGCCUGAAGAGGAUGAGAAGCUUCAGAAGUUGAGGAAGGAGGAGGCGGAGAUGUCUCACUAUUACUCAGAGGAGUACUCCACAUGUGAUGAGCUGGCUAGGACAGGAGAAGCAGAUUUCUCUUUCACAAGUUCAGAUGAUGAGUCUAGAGCUGGGACUCCUUCAUUAGUAAACUACCUCAAGAAGGCUGAGAAGACAAGUAUCAGUGUUACUAGCAAGGUUCAGUCUAUCUCCACAGGCAAAUUAUGGAAACAGUGGGAGGAAUCCAGUGUGGAGACUGUUGUGGCUGCCCCAGCUGCUAAGCCAUCUGAACAAGAAAUGCCAGAUUUAGAUGACCCUUCCAUGAACAAGGCCGCUGUGAAGAUCCAAGCUGCUUUCAAAGGCUACAAAGUCAGGAAAGAGAUCAAGCAACAAGGGUGUCCCGUGUUUACUGAGACCUUCAAAGAUUUCUCCGGUGAGCCUGGAAGCACUCUCCACCUUGAGUGUGUGGCCCACAGCAAAACUGACAUGAAAGUCCGUUGGCUGAAAGAUGGGGAAGAGCUUUCAGAUGGUCGUUACUAUCACAUAGACAAUUACACUGAUGGGACCUGCUCUUUGAUUAUCACUGGCCUAGACAGGAAAGAUGCAGGUAAAUACACAUGUGAGGCAUCCAAUAAAUUUGGCAAGGUUUCACACAGUGCUAAGGUGGUUAUCAGCACUCAGGAACCUCAUGUUCUUCAUAAGGAGGAGCAGGUUAAACACAGCACUGACAGUGAGACAGAGAGCUCAUCUGGCAGUGAGCUGGAUGAUGCUUUCCGUAAAGCAGCAAGGAGACUUAAUAGACUCUUCAGGGCCAAGAUCUCAACUGAAAUAUCUGAUGUGGAGGAAGAGCUCUUUGUCAGUGCAGAUGAAGGGGACAUAGAUGUGGUUGACCAUCAGACGUAUCGUGAGGAUGACCAGUACAUCUACAUCAAGUUUGAAAUCUUGUCUGAGGCAAAAACUGCUGCCACUCGAUUCAGAGAGAUGUUUGGUGCUCUGGGAAUUCCUGUGGAGAUUGACAUUUUGGAACAAAGCCCUAAAAAAGUUGAAUUACGUAUCGGGAAAGCCACACCACCCACCCGUGGGAAGUUCGCACCACCACUAGCGAGACCUCCACCACCUUUGCUGACUUCUGAUACAGCUCCUGUGUUCCUGACUGAGCUCCAAAACCAAGAGGUACAAGAUGGAUAUCCAGUCAGCUUUGACUGCAUCGUUGUUGGCAAACCGCUUCCCACGGUUCGCUGGUUCAAGGAUGGGAAAGCUAUUGAAGAAAAUGAUCAUUACAUGAUCAACGAGGACCAGGAGGGGUGCCACCAGCUGAUCAUCACAGCUGUAGUCCCCACUGACAUGGGUGUUUACCGUUGCCUUGCUGAAAACAAUAUGGGAGUUGCUUCAACCAAAGCUGAGCUUCGAGUGGACUUAACCAGCACCGACUAUGAGACAGCAGCAGAUGCCACAGAGACAUCUUCUUACUACAGUGCCAAAGAAUACAUUUCAAGCCGAGAACAGGAGGAAUCUACCACUGAGGAGGAGCAAUUGCCCCAGAUCUUUGAUGAGCUUCAUGAUAUUCAUGUGGCACCUGGAGCAUCACUGGCUAAAUUUCACCUGAAGGUGAAAGGAUACCCGCAGCCACGUCUCUAUUGGUUCAAAAACGGACAGCCGUUAAAGGCCUCAGAUCGCAUCCUGAAGACUGAUAAGCAGGAAUUCCACUCACUGGAAAUUCGUGAUGUCACUAAGGCAGAUGCUGGCCAGUACUCAACAUUUGUCAUCAACUCUGCUGGUUCUGCAUAUUCAUCAGCAAAGCUAGUAGUCAAGGAUCCUGAUGAGAAAGAAGAGCCAUCAGAAACAGAUUCCCAUGAGCAGCUGAUACCACCAAGGUUCCUAGAAAGAUUUACUAAUAAAAAGGUGAAAAAAGGUGCAAGCAUCACAUUAUCUGUCAAAGUUGAAGGACAUCCACCACCAACUAUUACUUGGCUGAAAGAAGAGUCUCGGGAAGACAUCUUGUGGAUCAAACCAGAAACUCCUGGGUAUAAACUUGCCAGUUCAAAUAUGCAUCACAGUCUAAUCCUGUUAGAUGUCAAAAGGAAGUACAGUGGAGCUUAUACGUGCAUUGCUACCAACAAGGCUGGCCAGUCCAUCUGCACCGCCACUGUGGAAGUUUCAGAUGUGAAAGAGGCUGAAGUUCUGACCCAGGAGCGUGUUAUGGUGUCAGAAGCCAUCAUGACCACACUGGGAGAUAUUCAGUCCUCUGAAACAAGAGAAGGAGACUUUGAAGCUGGUAGAGAAGGUGUACCCAAAAGUCCUAUUUCAUUAGCUGAUGUUGGCUCAGAAGAGUUCUUUCAGAAACUUACUUCACAUAUCUCAGAAAUGGUAUCUGCAAAACUAAAUCAGGCUACACUUCGAGUGCCAGGUGCAGAAAGUGAUGAUGAGUCAAAAACACCCUCUGCAUCACCUCGCCAUGGACGAUCCAGACCUUCAUCCAUUGUACAGGAGUCCUCCUCUGAAUCUGAAGAUGGGGAUUCCAGAGGAGAGAUCUUUGACGUCUACAUGGUCACAGCUGACUAUUCACCUGCUGCACCUGACAAGGAGGCCAUCACUUUGAAGGAAGGCCAAUAUGUAGAAGUCCUCGAUUCAGCUCAUCCUCUGAAAUGGCUGGUCAGGACUAAACCCACAAAGUCUAGCCCCUCUCGACAGGGUUGGGUAUCUCCAGCUUACCUGGACAAGAAAUUAAAGUUGUCACCAGAAUGGGGAACAACAGAAGUUCCCGAGUUCCCAGGAGAAUUUGUUUCUGAAGACGAAUAUAAAAGGAAGCUAAGUGUUCUUAUUCAAGAGCUGUUGAUCUCAGAAGAGGAUUACAUUCAAGAUCUACAAUUCCUCCUGACUCAUCACCUUAAGUACACUGAGACCUGUUCCAAUGUCCCAGGAGCUGUUGCCAGUCAGAAAUCCACCAUCUUCAGAAAUAUUGAUGACAUUGCUCACUUCCAUUCCAGUGUCUUUCUCCGAGGCUUGCAGAAAUGUGAUACUGAUGAUGAUGUGGCCAUGUGCUUUAUCAAGCAUGAAGCAGAGUUUAAUAAGUACAUCCAGUACCUGGUGGGGAGAGUACAGGCUGAGUCAAUUGUUGUCAGCAAAGCUGUCCAGGAUUUCUAUAAGAGAUACACAGAUGAAAUUUUAACUAAUGAAGAUCCUUCACAGCCACUUAUCCCACCACUGCAGCACUACCUAGAAAAACCCAUAACCAGGAUCCAGCAGUAUCAGACUAUAAUCAAGGAAUUAAUCCGAAACAAAGCAAGAAACAGCCAAAACUGCACUUUGCUGGAGCAGGCUUAUGCCAUUGUGUCUGCACUCACCCGAAGAGCAGAAAACAACCUCCAUGUCUCGCUCAUUGAGAAUUAUCCAGGCACCCUGGAAAGCCUUGGUGAACCCAUCCGACAGGGCCACUUCAUUGUGUGGGAAGGAGCUCCAGGAGCUAGAAUGGCCUGGAAAGGACACAAAAGGCAUGUCUUCCUCUUCAAAAACUACCUUGUGAUCUGCAAACCAAAGCGGGACACAAGGACAGACACCUACAGUUACAUCUUCAAGAACAUCAUGAAGCUGAACAACAUAGAUGUGAAUGACCUUGUGGAAGGAGAUGACCGGGCAUUUGAGAUCUGGCAUGAACGGGAAGACUUGGUCCGCAAGUACCUUCUUCAGGCACGUACAGUGAAUAUCAAGAACUCCUGGGUGAAGGAGAUCUGUGGCAUACAGCAGCGGAUCAGUGAGCCUCUCUGGAUACCUCCAGACUUUGAGGAAGAGCUGGCGGACUGUACAGCUGAGCUGGGAGAGACAGUCAAGCUGGCCUGCAAAGUUACAGGAGCUCCCAAGCCAUCUGUCAGCUGGUACAAAGAUGGAAAGCCUGUGGAGGUGGAUCCCCAUCACAUUAUAAUAGAAGAUCCUGAUGGCUCCUGCACAUUGAUCUUGGACAACCUAACAGGCAUUGACUCAGGACAGUAUAUGUGCUUUGCUUCCAGCCCUGCUGGAAAUGCCAGUACCUUAGGAAAGAUCCUUGUUCAAGUGCCACCACGGUUUGUGAACAAGGUUAGAAAUGCUUAUUUGAUUGAGGGUGAAGAUGCUCAGUUUACCUGUACUAUUGAAGGAGCACCUAGGCCUCAAAUCAGGUGGUACAAAGAUGGUGUAUUGUUGAAGGACACAAGUAAAUACCAGACUUUCAGUGAACCACGGAGUGGCAUGGUAGUCCUUGUAGUCAAGAACCCUUCCAAUGAAGACAUGGGACAUUAUGAAUGCGAGCUGGUGAACAGAUUAGGGUCUGCAAAAAGUGGGGCAGAACUUUACCAUCACAGUGCUGCAGCCCUGACCCAGGAAAGAAGAGGAGACCAAGCCAUUACUAUAGAAGGUAUGAACCUUGACCAGCUCUGUCAUUCACCUUCCCGCUCUCCGAGAGCGGAGCCAACUCCAGAGCCAGUCUAUGUUUCAAAGAUCAGGCAGCCUGUCCACAGAUAUGAGCAGGAGGCAACACCGAAGUCUGCUGUUCCCAUGCUUUUUGUCACAGAACCAGAGGACAAGCAAGGAGCAGCAGUAAGAGAUUUCACCAAAGAGACCAAGGUGGAAGAGAAAAAGCCCAAAUGGGUUGAAGUGGAAGAAAUAAUUGAAUUCAAGGUGAAAAAGUCACCAAAACCUGCAAGGAAAAGAGGCUCUUCCCCAGUAAAACAAGAAAAAGAUGAAUCAGGGGUGUUGACAUUCACUUUUCCUAGUCCAAGGCCUAGGCAUUCCCCAGAAGAUGAUCCAAACACAAACAAUUCCAACAAUAAAUUGGUGGAACAGUCAAAAUCUUUGCCUAAUGACAGUCUCUCUGAAGCUGAUAUCCAGCCCCUGGUGUAUGCAACUGAAGAGGAAGAACCUCAAGUCAGCAACGAAGACAGAAGCUUCCCUUGUGGGUCCGAACAACUAGGAAAUAAUUCAUUUAUAGACUAUGGAACAGAAGGAAAGAGCCUCCCACAGGAAACAAGUGCUCACUAUAGGUCAGAUGUCAGUUCCCCUCUGCUUGCCUGUGGGGGUGAGCCUUUGAUCUUCAGAUUUGAGACAGCUGCUGCAGACCAGCACGAACUUCUGUUCUCACUAGUGAGUCCAGAGGUUAAGGAACAGGCAGAUGAAUUAGGCAUAUCUUGGCCUGUUGAAGAGGAGGUACCCGAAGUAAUGCAAGAUGUCCUUCCGGAAGAGGAUAAUGUCAUUAUAGUAGAUGAACCAGAGGAGCUACGGGCAGAUGACAUUAGCACCCGGGACCGCAAAAUCUUAACCCACAAUGGAAAAUUACUAACUUUGGAGGACCUUGAAGAUUAUGUUCCUGAAGAAGGUGAGACCUACGGGUGUGAUGACAAGAACUGUACGGCAGAGAAACCCUGCGAGAUCUCUGUGCUCCAGACAGAGAUUAACGAGCCAACGAUUGGAAAACCAGUGCUGCUGAAUCUGGGGAGACCUAUGGUCUCUGAGCCCAGGCAAAGAUUUUUCAGCCAGUUGGAGGAGCACAUUCCUGGGGGCAUGUUCAUGUCAGCAUCUAGAGUAACCGGCGUGCAGUCUGUAGGCCCCUCAAACAUCUCUUUCCAUGUGAGUGAUACCUGCAUGUCAGCGACACCCGGAGUGCAUGCAGCAACAGCAGCAGCUUCUCCUGGUCCCUCCUUCACAGUGAAACCAUCUUUCUGCACUGGAGUCCAACUCUCAGCAGACAACGGACAGUCAAGCUUUAAAACUGAAGUUUCCACAAGAACUCUCAGCUAUGGGACUGUUGGAAUGACUUCCCCGCAGUCAGAGAUGGAGACUUCUGUCCAGGCCUCGCUUCAGCGUGCUGAUAAGGAGAUCAAGAAAGCUCUAAAGAAACUCGUGGACACAGCAUCAAUGCUGGUGACCCUUCCUCCGGGCAUGCAAGAAGGAACUGGUGGCCUUGGCCUUCCUGAGUACAUUCCUUCAGACCGCUCAGAAACAGCAGCUGGGCCCUCUGUGGUAGUUCAUGAAGCCAGUACCCAAACCCAGACUGCUGGAGGGCAUGAAAAAGCACAAAGGCAGAUUCUAACUGAAGAACCAGGUGUGCCAAAGCCCAGUCCCAGUCCUUCCCAUGAAGAGACAGUUGCCGGAGAGGAAAGCGCUCAGGAGCGCACUGUUCCUAUUACCAGAACAUCACCAGGGACAGAAGACUGGUACAGAAGAGAAGGAGAUGUAGUCUGGGAUGUACACAGUGAAGUUUACAUUGAGACCACAGAAAGAACUUGUGUGUAUAAGACUGAGGAGAAGACCCCAACAAGUCCUCCCUAUAUGCAAGUGACAAUAGAGGAUGUGCAGGUGAAUUCUGGUGAGCGUGCCAAAUUUCAGGCAGUCAUUGAAGGAACCCCUCAGCCCACUGUUUUGUGGUUUAAGGGCACUUCACUGCUGACAGACAGCAACAGACUCCAUCAAGGGAAUGAAGGAACAACAUAUUUCUUAGUCGUGGAUAAUGCUGUCUUGGAAGAUGGUGGUGUUUAUACCUGUGUUGCCAAAAAUGCAGGAGGGGAGGUUUUGUGCAAAGCAGAGCUUGUUGUACGUGAAGGUAAUAAAGACCAAGCAGCAAAGAAAGUGGCCACCAGGAGAAAGCUCCAUUCCCUUUAUGAGGUUAAGCAGGAGAUUGGAAGGGGCUGCUUUAGCUUCGUGAAACGAGUUGUACACAAAGGGAACAGAGUGUCUUGUGCUGCUAAAUUCAUACCCCUGCGAAGCAAAACGAAGGCUCGAGCGCAUCAGGAGAGGGAUAUUCUUGCCUCUCUGUCCCAUGACAGAAUUACCAGGCUCCUGGAUCAGUUUGAAACACGGAAAACACUGAUUUUGAUUCUGGAGUUAUGCUCCAGCGAAGAGCUCCUUGAUCGUUUAUUCAAGAAGAGUGUUGUCACUGAAGCAGAGGUUAAAUUGUAUAUCAAGCAAAUUUUGGAAGGAAUCAAAUAUCUUCAUGACAACAACAUCCUUCAUUUGGAUAUUAAGCCACUGAAUAUCCUCAUGGUUUAUCCUGAAAGGGAAGACCUUAAGCUCUGUGACUUCGGAUUUGCUCAGAAGAUCACGCCCUUUGAGCCCCAGUUCAGCAAAUAUGGGUCCCCAGAGUUUGUUGCCCCAGAAAUUGUUACUCAGUCUCCAGUGUCAAAAGCAACUGAUAUCUGGGCUGUUGGAGUUAUCACAUAUUUAAGCCUAACUUGCAAGUCUCCAUUUGCUGGGGAGAAUGACAGAGCAACUCUUCUAAAUAUCCAGAAUGGGGAAAUUUCAUGGACCAUUCCUGAUUUUGUUCACUUGACUGAAGAUGCAAAGGACUUUAUGAAAGGGAUCCUACAGCAGCACCCCAAAGCCCGGCCUAGUGCCUUGGACUGUCUUUCACACAAGUGGUUCAUGCAUAAUCUCCCCCUCGAAGCAGCUCAUUUCAUUAAUACGAAGCAGCUCAAGUUCAUUGUGGCUCGGAGCAAAUGGCAGCGGUCUCUGAUGUGCUAUAAAUCCAUACUUGUAAUGCGGUCUAUCCCAGAAAUCCUAGAAAGGACCCAUGACAACACCUCCCUGGCCAUCUCCCGACAUCUUAUUGAAGAAAGCACUUCAUCCAGCACCAGUGGCUCCUCUUCAGACAACGAAAAUUCCAAUUUCCCCAAGAAGAGGCACUUUGGCUCUACACCCGAACUCCACUUGUCCAUACUUGAUGCACCAAGCCACCAGGAGCCUCCAAAACAUGCAAGUGAAGAGAAGCACUCCAAAAUCUCAGUCCCUCCAGUAAAACCCAUAAGGAGGAAGUAUGCUUCAAUGAAAGCUGAGGUGGGGGAAAAAUCACCUACAGAAAGCAAAGAGCUCAUGGCAAGUAUCUUAAAGGAGAAAGAGGAGGGGCUCCAUCAUGGACUUCAAGAUGAAAGAGCAGAUCAGUCCCAAAGAAGUGGUGCUACUGAGCCUUCAUCAGUGAGGAUUUCCGCAGAAAGCACUUUGCCUCUGUGUCAGAAAGAAAAAACAGAUGUAUUUUUACCUGACAAGGACAGAGUUGAAAAGGCUGAGGAUGGGACAGAAAAGCCACCUGUCUGUGUUCCUAGACAGAGUGUCAUUAAAAGCACUUUCUACAGCCAAGCAGCUGAGCUACCUGCAAGGGGGCCUUCCUCACCAGGCAAGGAGUUCAGGAGGCACCUGGACAGAGCCAGAAGGACUUUCCGGAAGGCUGGAUAUUCAAAGGUGCCCCUCAGUGGUCUCCGUGAACCCCUUCUAGAGCAGUUUGAACUGGAAGAAGAAGAAGGAAAGUCUGAUUAUGGAGGUGAUCACAGGGAAAAUCUGCUUGGUUCCUUGACCAAAUCAGCUUCAUUUGAUACUGCAAGGAAACCACCACAUCCUGCCAUUGCUGGUGCUAGCCGAAGCCGUUCCCUGGAUGACUACAGGCUGAGAGCCUCAAGAUCAGUGAGGGAAGAAGAUAUUUUGGAAGAAGACUGUGAUGUAUUGUCACAAGAAAGUUGUCCUGAAGGCAGUGGCCACUGCGACAUUUCUGCAGGGCCUGGCAAGGGAUGUUCUGUAGACACUUCAAAGCAAGAGGACUUAAGGAGAGUGAGCAAGGAUUGUUCAGAAGAGAAGCCCCCGCCUUCCACACAAUGUGAGGGUAAUGAGUGUCCAACAGGUAUUGUGCAACAGCUAGAGAGACUUCCAGUGUCAUCUCAUAGGAGUGAGAAUAGGAAACCUUUACUGAAGAAGUCAAAAGCUACUUAUAUUGAGGAAGAAACUGAUGAUUUGGAAGGUGAAAGCCCCUUUCUAACUGACCAGUGCUCAGAUGUAGCUACAUUAUCAGCUCAAAACCAUGAAAGCAUGGAAAGUGAACAUCAGGUGUCCGAGCAGCACCAGGCCUCCUAUCACAGUGGUAAGGUUUCUGAUGAUCUGGAAGGUGGGCCUCCAGGUACCUUAACUGCUUCUCAAACACAAGUUGCUCCAGCUUCAGUCUGUGAGCUAGAAGAUGAGGAAUAUCCAAAGGUUCAUGGUGAGGGUAGAACUGUUGCCUUAGAAGGUAGAAGCUGUGAUGCUGGAAAGACUGUCCCACCAUCGCUCCACAGGGAUCAAAGUCAGGAGCUCUCACAUCACAGGUCGUCUUUUUACAGUGAUGAGGAGUCUGCUGUGCUGGAGGGCUUAGUGGAUGAGAUGGUUUCCCUCUCUGAAGAGAUGAAUGUUUGGGCACAUUCAGUUUCUGGUGAGGAGGAAAACAGAAAGCACAUGUCUCCUCCCACAGAGAUGGUCUACCAAGGUAGUCAAAGACAAGCACCCACAGAAACUUCCUUCCCUUCUGUACAAGGGAGUAAAAGAGCAGAAGUCUCUGAGCUGUACCUUGCAGAACCCUAUCCUGUCGUGGGUGAGGAGUCAGUGGUACUGGAAGGGCAGGGAGCACAAAUGGUUCCUCAUGAAUGUGAGCAUCUGGAGGACUUGGCAUUUGAGAGUGCUACUUCGAGCCAAGCGAGUGUUUCUUCAACAGAUAGCUUGGACACUGGAAAAAGACACAGUCAGGUGUCAGUGAUCCAGGACACGGUUAAGCAUCCAGAAGUUUCUUUAGUGAAAAUCAAAGACCUGUCAGAUGAAGCACCCAGCCUUGGCAGUGGAACUCCAAAAUUUGACAUAUCAGAGGUAGAGCCUGCCUAUUUGAAUUUCUCUGAUUUGUAUGACAUUGUCUAUUUUCCAUUUGAAUUUAUGAACUAUAGGAAGGCUCCACCCAAACCAACUGGUAGACGGUUUAUACCUUUUGGUGAAAGGGCAAGGUCCCCUCCUGCAGGACAUUUGCAUAAAGAUAAAAGACUGUGCAUCAGAGAACAGGCAGAGGACAAGAACAGGAAGAACCAUUUGGAAAUAUCUGAGGAUUCAAAGGCAACUAAUUUAUUAGCCACAGGGAAAGGGUCAGAGAGUCAUAAAGAAAUGUAUGGCCCCCAAAAGGACUCAAGUGGUAAGCAGAAAAGCUCUGUCUACAGCAAGCCAGGACUCUUUAAGCCAUAUGCAAGGUCUCAUUCAGUGGAGCAGUCAGUGGAGCAGAGUCUGAAGAAGAAAGUAAAAGCUUCUGUCGCCCAUAUUUCAAGAAUCCUAAAAGGAAAGAUAUCUCCUGAACCAGAGGCAGGGGAAGAGUUUGGAGAGCUGGGAAGUGAGGCAGUAGAAAAAGAGCUGUUAACAGGGGCUGAAGGAUCUCUGAAGAGGAAAUCAGCACUCUCUUCAUUCAAGUUACCAAGCCUCAUGCCAAAGGAGAAAGCACCACUGUUCGUUGAGGAGCUCAUGGAUCAGGCUGCUGCCAUUGGACAGUGCGUAACACUGUCAUGCCGGACCGCAGCUCAUUCCCCCCUGCACACCAACUGGUUCAAAGAUGGGACACCUGUCCAAAGCAGCAGCCGGAUCCUCAUCUCAAGCACUCUCAAAAACUUCCAGCUGUUAACUAUUCUCUCUGUUAGUGCUGAUGAUUUUGGUGUUUACACCUGUGUAGCCACAAACUCCCUAGGCUCAGCAUCCACCUCUUGCAUCAUAAGAAAAGCAGAGGUUCCUCCCAGCCCUCCACCCCCUGACAUUGUGGAGGUCUACAAAGAUGGAGUGCAGAUGGUCUGGAGACCUGUGGAAACCAAUACGCCCGUCCACUACAGUGUCCAGUGCAAGAGCGAAGAUGGGGAAUGGAUGGCUCUUGCUUCUGACAUUGCUGACUGCUGCUACAAAGCCAAAAAUCUCCCCAAGGGGUUUAUCUACUGCGUCAGGAUAGCCUGCACCAGUAAAGCAGUAAUGAGCCCUUACAGCGACCCAUCUGCCAAAGUGAAAAUCACUGGGAAGGAUGAAAUGG